UCGCGAAUUCUCCGGUAAAAGGAGAUCUCUUUUCGUUUAUAUGUGCCCUGGUUGGGAGCCCUAGUUCCUCUUCGCAGCGAGACGCAGGAAUUAGGAGAGCAAUUUGGAGAGUUUUUGCCGCAUUGAUUAGAGAAGGGAUCUGCCUGGAUCAUCGGCGUUUGUUGGAUCUGCGCUGAGCUGGAUUUGGUUCCGUGGUAAUUAGGGCGAAUUGUGGCUCUUGCUUCGGCCACUCCUGGGUUCUUGUCCUCUUGGAAGUUCGGUUGAGUUGCUGCUUUCUUGACGAGACCUGGGAUUGUUGCCGCGGAAUUUCCUUUGCGACAGAAUGUUAAAAGAUGAAAUGGCUAGAUCUCGGCUAGAUGAUUCUUAUUUCUCAUCUUCAACCUCACAAUCCAAUCGAGACGGUUUAUUUUUGGCCAGUCAUAAAAAUGUUUCCCAGCUGUUGGCAUGGAGAGAGAUUUCUCCUCGAGCAAAGAAUAGUAGGAAGCGGCUUUGGGGAGAAGGUUUAGUCUGUAGAGCUGAUUGUGGUGGGCCAAGAUGUAACAUAGAUGUUAAACAUGCUUUGAUGUCUUGCCAUUGGAAGAAAUGGUCAACGUUAUCUGUCAAACUCAGCUCUUAAUGUUCAUGUGGCAAAUUAUAUGCUCAGGGUAGAGGCAGAGUCGUUGCAUCAUUUGUCAGCCAAGUAUUGCCCACUUGUGCCACCUCCGAGGUCCACCAUUGCGGCAGCAUUUAGUUCUGAUGGAAAAAUACUUGCUUCCACCCAUGGUGACCAUACUGUUAAGAUAGUUGAUUGCCAAACUGGAAAAUGUAUAAAGGUGCUAAGUGGCCAUCGGCGAACACCUUGGGUGGUUCGGUUCCAUCCAUUGUACUCGGAUAUACUUGCCAGUGGCAGUUUGGAUCAUGAAGUUCGUCUUUGGGAUGCACAAACUUCUAGCUGUAUAGGGUCACGUGACUUUUAUCGCCCAAUUGCCUCUAUUGCUUUCCAUGCUCAAGGAGAGUUCCUUGCCGUUGCUUCAGGUCAUAAACUUUACAUAUGGAACUACAAGAAAAAAGGAGAGGCAUCCUCACCUACAAUUGUGCUAAAGACCCGUCGUUCUUUGAGGGCUGUUCAUUUCCAUCCACAGGCUGCUCCUUUUUUGUUAACAGCUGAGGUUAAUGAUCUUGAUUCUCCUGAUUCACCAUUGACUGUUGCAACAUCAUCUGGUUAUUUACACUAUCCCCCUCCAGCCAUUGUCUUUGCAAACAGGGACAGAAAUAGUGGGAGGACUAGUAGCUCGGGAAGUGCUGCACAAAGAUUAGAAUCUUCUUCUCAUCUCACUGGUCGACAGAGUCCAGAUUUCCAAAACCAUAGCGAGAAUACUAUAAGUCCUAUGGAUAUAGAUUCUGCUUCAAACGCUGUGAAUGAGGGUGUAAUUGCUGAUUCUUUUUUGGCUGGAACUGAGGCGAUGAUGUCUCCAAUCACAGAAACAAUUGAAACCACUGAGGUACAGGCUACAUUAGGAUUGCACCCAACAAGCUCUGGUUCUGCUGAGAGGAUGGAUGCUUCAUUCAAUGUACCCGAGUCUAAUGUGGCCGUGCACAAUCCUAUAUGGCAGUCCAGGUUGGGUUUAGAUGAACCUCCUGCCUCAGUUUCCACAAGCUCCUUCCGACGGGCUGACAUACAGACGACCUUCAGAAAUAUAGACAGUGGACACUUUCAUCACGUUAUUCCUUCCAGUGAUCCAGCAUACUGGGAGUUACCUUUCCUGCAAGGUUGGUUGAUUGGUCAAACUCAUGCUAGCAUGCAUACAUCAUUACCAGUUGACAGUGCUUUACAAGGGAACUCAAUGGCUCUUCAUCUAGCCAGUUCUGGUUUGUUGACAUCUGAGUUGCCCGAGCCACAGAAUAUUGAUUCAACUACUCUGACAAUGGCAACUGCUGUUAGCCAGUCUAGGGUAUCUGGCCGAUCAGGUUCUCGCCAACGAUCACGUUCUCGCCAGAUGGCUGUUAUAGGUUCCGGAGAAGGUUCCUUAUCAACUAAUUUCCAAACUGACGAAGCUGCAUCUAAUGGUGGUUCUAACGGUAUCGAGUCUGAGAUUCAUAGAUCAUUAGCUGCAGCUGCAGCAGCUGAAUUACCUUGCACAGUUAAAUUGAGAAUAUGGUUCCAUGAUAUUCUAGACCCAUGCAGCACCUUAGAAUCUGAUAAAUGCCGUCUAGCUAUACCAAAUGCUGUCCUUUGCAGUGAGAUGGGCACCCACUUUUCUCCAUGUGGGCGAUUUUUGGUAGCUUGUGUUGCCUGUUUGGUGCCUCAUUUGGAAGGUGAUCCAAAUUUCAACUCGCAGAUGCAACAUGGUGGCACAGGGCUUGCUACAUCACCUACACGACAUCCAAUUCCUGCUCACCAAAUUAUGUAUGAGCUUCGCAUCUAUUCUCUAGAAGCAGCUGCUUUUGGAAAGAUCUUGUCUUCAAGGGCAAUCAGGGCUGCCCAUUGUCUCACAUCCAUUCAGUUUUCACCUACAUCAGAAUACAUACUAUUAGCAUAUGGUCGGCGGCAUAAUUCUCUUCUAAGGAGCAUUGUAAUUGAUGGAGAGACUGCAGUACCUAUCUACACAAUUUUGGAGGUUUAUAGAGUUUCAGAUAUGGAGCUUGUGAGAGUUCUUCCUAGUGCAGAAGAUGAGGUUAAUGUAGCAUGCUUUCACCCUUUGGUUGGAGGAGGUCUAGUUUAUGGAACCAAGGAAGGCAAGCUUAGGAUUCUCCGGUAUGAUGGAGCACAUUUCGCAAAUUGUAGGAGUUCUAAUUCCUUUCAUGAGGAAAAUAUGACUGAGAUCCAGGAAUAUGCUUUAGAAGGUUGAAAGGUAGAAAAUUGCUCUGGACGACGUCUCCUGCUCUUUUUUACUGGGCCAAUAAAUUUGUACAGAAGUUUCUCAAAAAAAAAAUAUAUCGCUUCAGUGAUUCUUCUUUGAUUUGACAACUCGCACCGGGGCAUUAUUUCACAACUGAUGUCGAAUUUGGUAUGUGAAAAUGAACUGAAGUCGUUCUGCGUUAUCAAAACCAAGUAAAAUUAUCCUGAAAACUUUACUCUCCAAAUAUGUUGUCUUUGUUGGCCUCGCCAUUUUUACUGGUGGAGAACAGAACCAUCUCAAGAUUUGCAUGUGGAGUUGAUAGAAUGGAUUGUGUUUCAAAAAAUUCAAAAUGUUUGAUGAUUCUCAACUUCUGAUUCAGGGAUGAAGCAGAUCUUGGAACGCACAUAAAUCAUGGGAGAAAGACCGCCUUUUGUUGUUGUAAUCCUCUCUUCUUUUUUUUGUUUUUUCCCCUAACCCAUUCUCCUUUUAACUCAAAAUGCAUACUUAACUCGUUCGGUUGCCUUGUAUAUUUGAUGUAUGAUUAACAUUUAUUCGUUUCAGGACUCUGUUAAACA